AUAGACCUACUGAACCUGUCUUCUUCAGAACCUGUACCAAUAGUACUGCAGUGAAUCCUGUGACCAUGAAGCUGCUCAUACUGUGUAUCUGCCUGACCAGCUCCAUAUCGGCUGUCCCGCUUCCCUCUUUCUUUCACUUCCUGCCUCACUUUGGGCCCAGACAGGCUGGCCCACCCACGCAGGGGAAGGAGGUCUAUCCAGCAGGCCAGCCCUUGCAGCCAGACAUGAAUGGGGCCAUCAGCAUGGAAAUUGUGUUUCCACCCAGAUUCCCUGGCCAAUCUACAGGUGGACAAAUGAAUGGACAGGCCUUUCUCAAGUACUCAGUACCUAAGGCACCGGGUCGAAAAAGUGUGGAAAUUUACUACCCCUUUGACUUCACACAACAGCAGAUGCCUAACAUCCCACAGCUGUUCCCUUAUGAUAACUCUCCCCAAACCGUGCCCCAGCAAGAUCCCAUAGUGCCGCCCUUUGAGGCCAGACUUCCUCAUACCCAAGAUCCUUUGCAGCCAGCCCAGCAGGAACAGCCACAACGGAGAGGCCAGGUGCCUGUGCAUCCGUAGGAUAGGAAUGAAUUUGACUCGCAGGAUCCAGAGUGCAGCGCUAGAACGAGACGAGUCAUCUAGAUAUGUGUUUGUUUCUCAUUCAUCUGUUGGCAACAUGUCUAUGGAUGGAGUAAUAAUGUGGAGUCAGCAGCCUUUAUAGGCUGUAUAAUUUAUUCUGUGUAGGAGUAAACUAAUUUCAUACAAGGAUAGAGAACUGAUAUACUGUGCGGUAGAACACAGUGUGUCUUAUGUAUUGUAUUGUAAGUAGUGGUUUCUGCUGUGUGCUGCAUUUAAAUGUUCCCCUAUUAGUAAUGAAGGCAAUUAAAAUGUUUACAAGCAACCAU